AGCGCCCCUGCUGCCUGGGCCGCUAUUAUUCUCUUGAGGAGAAAGCCAGGCCACUCCCUCCAUUGAGAGAUUGCCACGCCCUUCCGUGAAUUGGCCUCUCCCCCAUUGGAUAGUGGGGAAGUGGAGUUAGAGUUUGUAACCAAUUAGAGGCUCCAGGCUUGGGGGCUCUUUCUGUAAUGGUUAGAGCUGGUAGAAAUGAGUUCAGAUGCAGCCUGUCCUCCAAGAGAGCGUAGAGUGUGUUCUUGACCGGUCUCCACCUUCCAGCUAGGACCUUGUCACGUGUUGCCUUCAGGAUUAACCCUUUCCUGAUACACUUAUUGGCAGGACUCGCAUUCUCUUGGAUUGCCCUGGGUUUACUUAUUUAACUAUCUGUUGUAUCUCGGUGUACAACAAUAAUAAUGACAACGAGAAUUGGCAUUUAAAGGGGGGUAUAUGGUUCACAGAGUGCUUUAUAGACAUUGUCUCAGAACAGCCUAAUGGAAUCAGUACAUUAAAUAUCAUUGUACCCAGUAUACAGCCAGUGAACUGAGGCCUGAGGUAGUUAAGUGACUCUCCUGAGGUCCUCUGGCUAGUUCCAGGUGCAGGUUUUUGUCCCACUUAUUCCUGUGUCCAGGGAUAUUGCUGUGUUUACUGUGUUCCCAAAGAAGGGCUUAUUUCCCUUCUGUUCCUUUUUCUUCGGCCCUGCAAAGUGGGAGCUUAGUCUGUAUUUGAUCAAUUUGGGUCAGUUCUCAGAGAAACUCCUAAGGUCCCUCUGAUCCCCACCUGAUCAAGAAGAUGUAGAGGGCUUCUGAGGCCCUGCUCUGGGGCUGCCAGGCCAGAACUUCUGCUCACUGUUCCUUUUUCUUUCCCAGCUUGGCCUCCUGAGGAAUCUGCCCUUCUCCAUCCAGGUCAGCAUUUAGAAGACAAUGACACCUGACCACCUGGCUUCCAGGGCCCACCAGGAAUCGGUGACAUUCCAGGAUGUGGCCGUGGACUUCACCCUGGAGGAGUGGCACCAGCUGGGCCCUGCCGAGAAGGAGCUGUACCGGGAGGUGAUGCUGGAGAACUAUGGGAACCUGGUCUGCCUGGGGCUUGUGAUUUCCAAACCAGAUGUGAUCAGCCAACUGGAACAAGGCCAAGAACCCUGGAAUCUCAAGGAAGAAGUCCUGAGCAGCAGCUCUGCAGGUGAACCAGAGUGGGAGACAAGAACUGAAACCAAGGAGUCAACUCUAAAGCCAGGCAUUUUUUUGGAAAAGUCAUCCCAGGAAAAAUUCACAAAGGAUGGUGUUUGUGUCUCCAAAUUGGGAGAAAGCUGGGAACAUCCUUCCAAAUUAGAAAGGCUGGAGAAAAAUGAGGAGAAAAACUCUAGGCCCGUAAAAAUCAUCCAGUGGGAAAUUCCUCACAAAGUGAGAAGCCACGAAUUCAGUCAGCAUGGCAAAAAAGUCAAUCUAGGCCCAGUGCCUGUUUCACAACAAAAAACAUCUGUUAAAAAGAAUCUUCAUAACUGUGAUAAGCAGAGAAAAGGAUACAGGCAGUAUUCUGACCUAAGUCAAUAUAAUGGAAUCUCUUCAAAGACAUUUUCAAAGUAUAACAAGAAUGGACAAUCAUUCAGGAAUAAUUCAGGUCUUACAGAAAAUCCUGUACUAUUAUAUACUGGAGAAAAUUAUGAAUGUAAAAAAUGUGGGAAAACCUACCAGUGGCCAUCACUUGUUUCUUCUGAUAUUCAUAAUAGAGAGAAACCUUAUGAAUGUAUUGAAUGUGGGAAUGCUUUCCAUAGGGUCACAACCCUUACUGACCACCAGAGAGUUCUUUCUGGAGAGAAGUCUUACAAAUGUGAUCAAUGUGGGAAGACUUUCUGCAGGAAAAGACGGCUCACUCGUCAUCAGAGACUUCAUACUGGAAAAAAAUCUCAUAAAUGUAAUGAAUGUGAGAAGGCCUUCUUUAAGAGCAAAGACCUUAUUCGACAUCAAAGAAUUCACACGGGAGAGAAACCUUAUGAGUGUAAUGAAUGUGGGAAGACCUUCCGCCAAAGCAUACACCUUAUUCAACAUCAGAGAAUUCACACUGGAGAGAAACCUUAUGAAUGUGAUACAUGUGAUAAGGCUUUCCGCCGUAAAACAGGACUUAUUGAACACCAGAGAAUUCAUACUGGAGAGAAACCUUUUGAAUGUAAUAUAUGCGGGAAAGCUUUUAUUCGGAGCCCACAACUUACUGUACAUCAGAGAUGUCAUGAAAGAGAGAAGCCUUAUGAGUGUAAUGAGUGUGGAAAGACCUUUUGCCAGAGAGUACAACUUACUCAACAUCAAAGAAUUCAUACUGGAGAGAAACCUUAUGAAUGCAAAGAAUGUGGAAAGACCUUCUACCAGAAAACAGUACUUACUCGACAUCAGAGGAUUCACUCUGGAGAGAAAAGUCAUGAGUGUAGUGAAUGUGGGAAGUUGUUCUGGGAUAGUGCACAGCUUACUCAACACCAGAGAGUUCACAGUGGAGAGAAACCUUAUAGAUGUAAUGAAUGUGGGAAGGCCUUUCACCGGGGCACACAUCUUACUCAACACCAGAGAAUUCACACUGGAGAGAAACCUUAUAAAUGUAAUGAAUGUGAGAAGGCCUUCUCCCAGAGCACACAACUUAUUCAACAUCAAAGGAUUCAUACUGGAGAGAAACCUUAUAAAUGUAAUGAAUGUGGGAAGGCUUUUCGCCAGAGUCCACAUCUUAUUCAACAUCAGAGAGUUCAUACCAGAGAGAAACCUCAUAAAUGUAAUGAAUGUGGGAAGGCUUUCUGUCGGAGAAAGGAACUUACUCGCCAUGAAGCUAUUCACAGUGCCAAUAAAAUACUAUCAGUAUAAAUCCUUAUGAAGUUAAUAAACAGAGAGAAUACUGGGAAAUCAGGGUUGGACAAGAAUUCACGUCAUCUAGUUGUUAUUCUUUGUACUCCAAGAGAACCAGAAUGACAUCAUUAAUGAUGUCUUUUGACUUGUGCAUAAAAUGGAUUUAAGACGGGCUGAGUUGCCUCACUCUUUUUUUCCAGUCAUCAAAGUCCAGUGGCAAGACAAAAGUCAAGAUGACUGAUGAUGACUUGAGAUACAAUGAUUUGCUUUGAGUUCUUUAAUGUCUAACCAAGUUCUAAGUGCUCUACAAUGCCUACUUCCACUGCUUUUAUGAUCAUUGGAACAAAUCAUUUUAAUCUAUCCCCUUCCAUUGUCUUAACAUGUCUGGGGUAGACAUCCUGCUAACUCAUGCAGGGUUUGAGGCCUUUUGGUUUCCCUCAACCUGGUUUAGCCCAUCUGCUGAAAUGGUUUACCUAGGUGUGGCCACUGUGCUGCUACAGCUUCUUGGAACCACAGGUGAGAACAAGGUAGCACAUAGACACCAAAGGGAGAAAGCAGCCCUGAAAAGGGGUUGGCAAACCCUCACACCAUAGUACUUGUCUUCCCCAAAACACCCCAUCCCCCCAUUUAAUUGGUACCUGAAGAAGCCUCCCCUCUUCAACAUGCCUAUCAAAUGUUUAUCCAGGCUUUCUUUGAAGACCUCCAAUGGAAAGGCACUCACUACUUUGAGACAACCCAUCCCACUUUUGAGUUGCUCUGAUUGUAGACCAGAUGGAGAACUCUCCCAAAUACAUUUAUAUAAAGUAAGGAUUAGACGUAUAGUGAACCUUUCUCUGAACUGAGCCACCAGAAUCGUAUUUGUCCUUAUUUUUUGGUUAACACCCAAGUGCUACCUACCCAUUGGGGGAUGUGUUGAAAAAGAUCAAGUUAAUUCUGGCCUCAGACACUUCCUAGCUGUGUAAUUCUUGGCAACUCACUUAACCCCCAUUGCCUAGCCCUCACCACUUUUCUGCGUUGGAACCAAUACACAGUAUUGAUUCCAAGAUGGAGGGUAAGAUUUUUUUUUUUUAAUCGAGUGACUGAGCUGGUCACCUGACAUUGAACUCACCUAUAAAAGUAACAUUCUGGGGUGAGAGGACAGCGAGGUGGUGCAACAAUGGAUAGACCUCUAGGUCUAGAGUUAGAAAGAUGAGUUCCAAUCCCACUUCAGACACAUACUAGCUGUACAACCCUGGGCAAAUUACUUAACCUCUGUCUGCCUCAGUUUAAUGUAAAAGAGGUAUAAAAUAGCACUUCACUCCCAGGUUUGUUGUGAGGAUCAGAUGAGAUAAUUGUAGAGCACUUAGCACAUAAAUUCUUGUUUCCUUCUUUCCUCUGGCCUAGUUCAGCAAUGCAUCUAUCUAGAUCAAGUCCAUGAAGCUGGGAGCUCUCCAGCCAGCCAGUCCACUCCUGAGAAAUGUUCCCAGGUCCCACUGCAAGCUUUAGGAAUUAAUUAGAAUUAGGAAUCCCUCCUGGAUUUUUCUGCACUUAAGUGCUUCUCUGACCAUGGUGCUCUCCAUGAUACUGAACUCGAAUGACAUCCCUGACAUACAUUUGGAGCAGUUGGCAGAAUCAUCAGUGCCCUCAGAAGUGGUCCAUCCUAUUGACCAAAACCAAAGAGGAGAGAAAGGAACAGAAACGGUCUCUACUUAGUGACCAGAAAUAUGUGAGGUGGUCCAGAAGUCUUGCUGCAGUUUUAAAGUAGUAAAGCUUAAGGAUGGCUUCUUGUUCCUUUAGGCUUUAAUCACUUAAACCUGCACUAAAACUUUGGGGACUGCCUAUAUAUCUCUGGUCACCUCCAUAGUAGAAAAAGUGACAGAGCUGGUUGUGCUGUGGGCUCUGCCCGCCUCUAAUCAGAAUCAGGAGUUGCCCCUGCAGAUAGCUGGGGUGUCGGGAUUUGAGCUGGAAUGUAGGGGGUAGAAUGGAUCCUGGUUUCUGUGCUCUUAAAACCUGAUUUCAAUAGGCAGAUGGAUAUAUGUUGUGGCAGAGAGUGGGGGGGCAGUUAAUGCCUAGGGAAUCAGUGCUGGGGGGUAGGAGGUGGGAGUGAACCUGGAGAAAGAGCCAGGAGUUGGAGGCAACCUUUCCAGGGAAGAAUCUCCAAUGAUUUAACCUUAACCUGCCACCAAAGGAACAGCAGCUGCCUGUCUCAGAGACAGAGACAGAGAGAUCUAGCAGAGUAUUGUUUUCACUUGAGUCAUUUCUCAUAUGGCUGAACCCAUCCCCAUUUAAUUUGGAGAUUAGCUCCUCUACAUUUGAAGUCAUUUUAUGAAGGGAGGAUUCUUUUCCAGUAAGGAAACUUUCUUUAAAAAAAUUUUUUUUUCCAUUCUUUAAAAAAAAAUUGGAGUUCCAAAUUCUCGCUCCCUGCUACCCCUUCCCCACGCACUUAGAAGGCACAUAGUAUGAUAUCAAUUAUACAUGUGAAAUCACACAGUAUAUUUCCCUGUUAGUCCUGUUGCUUAAAAAUGAAACAAGAAAAAUAAAGUGGCAAAAAAUGCUUUAAUCCACACUCAGAGUUCAUGAGAACUCCCUCUGGCGUGGAGAAGAGCAUUUUUCAUCAUGAGCUCUUUGGAAUCAUCUUGGAUCAUUGUGUGGCUGAGAACAGCUAGAUAGUUGAUAGUUGAUCAUUUUGACAAUAUUGCUGUUGCUGUCUCCAUUGUUUUCCUGGUUCUCCUUUCCCUCUGCAUCAGUUUAUAGAAGUCUUCCAUGUUUUGUAGGGAUCCAGCUCUGUGUAUAAUUCUCACGUGGGUUUGGAUCACCUGUGGAGGGAAGCUGGGAGCUGAAAAGUAAUGGGUUAAGCUUCCAGGCUAGAGAGAGUGAGCCAUAGAAGGAGUGGAGUGGAGUGGAGAGAGAAGGAUCACCAGGACAAAACUUCAGCGUGGUCUCUGCAGGUCAGCUCUUCAGAUGGUCAGAGAGAGCAUUGUGAGGGAGCUGAUCUGUUUAUUAAGGAUGAUUGCACAAGGUGGGGUGGCAGGCUGGCAAUCACUCAGUUGGUACAUCAGAAGUUUUAACAUGUUAAUGACAAAGCCAAAAGAGCGGAUGAUAACACAGUAGAUGGCCAGGUAUCCGGGACGCUGGCACACACAAGGCUGAUCUUCGGAAUGCAGGCGUAAAUCUUUGACAUUACAAAGGACCCCUAGAACUCGUCUGUCAGAUUACACACAAGAGAUGGCCUUUAAGAUCAACAGAAUGCAAGCCCACCCAAUUUAAGGUCAGAUUCAGCAAUCAAUCACGUGAAGUAUUAGGAAUCUGUCCAUAAGGCUGGCCCGUAGAGUCAACUUCUUUAAUACCUUCAUGAUUCGUUACACCUGAAACCACUCAGUCUGACUGGAUGCUGUGAAUACCUUUCUCUUCUUUCCCCUUCCUGCUCUGGGCAUGUGGGAAAGGAAAGGAGAGAAAGCAAGGAGGAUAAUCAAAGGGAAUGUAUUUCUUCUCUUUCCAAGAUUUUGUUGUAUUGGAACAAAUAGGAAAAACUAAACGUGAUUCAAGUGAGUCAUGGGACAUUUUCAUGUGGAUUGCCAAACUGUGUUGUGAAUGAAUUUUGACUUAUGUGCUAACGUAGCCUAAUGGAGACCUUAGUCUUAUUAACUUGGGCAUCUUGUGGAAAUUGUGCACAAAUGCACCUAAACCAGAGCACAUUCUCGCACUUCUCUCACUCCCUCAUAAGUCCCCAUUUCGACAGGGAUGCAUUUUGUGGGCCACAAGUGCUUUGGUAAACCUUGUACUGACUAUACUUUGCUUCUACUUAAUAGAAAAUCAUUCCUGUUUUCAUAUGUAAUUCUGACCUGUAGGCCAGGAAUGGAAAUGAUAUUUGAUUGGAUUAAACCAUAUUACAGUAUAAUUUAUUAUGAUAUUUUUAAAAAUAUGGCACCCAAAUCUACUCCCCCAAACACAGAUCACUGAUAGGCCCCUGAGUUGUUGAGUUGUUGGAGCCCUGGGUAAAGGAAUCAUAGUACACUGAAUAAGCCUGGGUGACCUGAUAUGAACCUAGGGCAGCUUGCCCUGGGAACUCUAGGUUUGUGUAUCAUAUCCCUGGAGACUCUAAGAGAUUUGAGCAGAAGAGACGCCAUCUUGAAUUUGUGUUCAUGUAGCUUAUGGAUGCCCUUGGUUGUCUAUUACCGGGCAAAUACUGCCUGUAACCAUGUGGAUGGGUAUGUUUGGGGUAGCAAAUCAGUUUCCUAUAAGUACCGCCCCCUCCCUCAAUAAAGCCGCCAUUGGCCACUUGAUUUCCACCAGCCCUCCUGAAUCCAUCGGCAUUCUUACCCCAUUGGGACCCCCAACCAGGUGGUCCCUGGUGGACCUGACAGACCACUACCAAAAGCUUGGGGAGGAGGCAAUGGCCCUUUGGCUGAAUCUCAAUAGAUGAGAUAAUCCUAAUACUAUCGUGUUGAGAGUAAAACUAAGGUUUGGGAAAAAGUAGAAAAGAUUUGGACAAGGUUGACCAUCUGUGAAGACAGUUCAGCCCUGGAGAGUUAUUAGUUCUAACUCGAGAGGAGAAAACCAGAGCGUGUGUAGGACUAAAAAUAUCUGGGAGCCUUUGACUCCGGACCAGACAUAAUUUAUUGAUUUUAAUUUGGAAAUUGACUUGGGAAUGACUGGAAAGGUAUUAAGUGCUUGUUGUCUGCCAAGCUCUGUGCCAAAUGCUGGGAUACAAAUAGACCCAAACCAGACAGUCCUGGCCUCUUGGAGCUUACCUUCUACUAGGGGAGUGGUAGGCAGGGAGGAAUGUUUUGAACAGAGAAGUCAGAGAACUGUGGCCAAUCGAUUGCCGUGUCUUUAAAGAUAGUGUUGUUUUUAAAUGGUGGUGUUGAUUUGAAUUCUCUUCUUGGAGCUCGAGUUAGAAAGUUGGAGGUGGAGGAUAGGAAGUAGGGGUGUCUGUGGAGUGAAACUGGCUUCAGAGGGCCCCAAAUUGAACAAGAUAAGGAGAAAUGCCUAGAGUCACAAGAUGGGACCUUUGGUUCCCGUCUCUGACAGGCUGGAGAGCAGGUGACCUAUCAUGGAAAUGGCUGGGAAGGAGAUCUUGGGGUUCUAAGAGCCCCAGAUAGUAAGAAAGAAAAUUAUGAAUGGAUGCAUUGAAAUAUAAACUUGUUUGAGUACGUUUUCUGUAUAGAGGAUUCUUGUCAGGGGGCGGAGGCUCAUCCAUACUAUCCUUUCCUGCUGCCAAGUGGGAGGAAAGCAAUGCUCUGGUUAUCAAUUAUGAAUUACUAUGAAAUCUGUGGACAAUAACACGGCAAUUCUAAUCCAAUUGAUGUAUUCCAAAGCCUCUGACUUGGUGUUACAGGGACUAGUUAUAGGGCAAAAUAAAGAGUUGCAGCAGCUUUCAGACACGACUGUGUGUAAAGACAUCCAUUCCCAGGCACAAAAUCGCCAUUGGAGAAGCCAUCUUGAGGCUUGAUUCUGUAAUACUGUUGAGGACAACCUGACCUUGAACCUUGGGCAUACAGAUCCCAGUUUAAAACUUGCCCUUAAGAGGUUGACCAGCAGAGACUUUGCUACUCAUAACCAUCACCAGUGUGUGCCUCUAAGCUUUGAAGCAAGCCCCUACGACUUGUCUGGGAGUCAUCCUACAUCACCAGAAUGGGAUUUGCUUUGUUUUUGAUUGUUAGUUGGUAAUACUGAUAUUCGCAUCCUGGUUUGCAUCCUUACACCAGUUAGGGAGGAAGGAAACUGGGAGCUCUUGGGGAAGACCUCGUAUAAGUGUAAUGGGUACAGAAGACUACUAUUUCUCAAUGACUGGCUUGUUUAAACUUUUUAAUAUCAAUGUUAACUUGAGAAACUACCACACCCUGCUUUUGGUUGUCGGCAAUGGAAUUAGUUGUGGAAAAGGAGGCCUCUUUGGACUAAUUUGGUUUCAUCUCAGUUUGAGUCUAAGUGAAAAUGCUGUCAGUAAUUCUCAUUCAAGGGAAGAUGUAACGAGCUAUGUAAAGAUUAAAAAUUUGGGAAACUGAGGCAGGUAGAAAUUAGUUUCUCUCUGCAAGGAGUAUUAUAUUUUUAGAGUUUUAUUUAAGAUAAGGAAUUUAAGAAUAUAAUUUAAGAAUAUACAAGUAAGAGGAGCACAUGCUAGGUGGGCUGAGAGGCCCAUUCAAUUUUCACUCACAUCAUGGGACGCAUCUGCUCCGAAGUGGAAGUAGAAAAGAGCCCCAAUAGCCUUUACAGCCAGGUUAAAUAGAAAUUCUUGACCUCGCCCAGGUGGAAAUCUCAGUGAGAUUAGAGGGAAUUCUGGGAGCUAGCAAGGACUCCUGGGUUUGGAGUCCAGAGUUCAAGUCUCCAUUUUUACAGCUAUCCACAAGGAACUCUGCCCAACACCUCUACAUGGAGCUGUGGGUACUGGCUGCCCAUACCUCUACAGGAGACAGUCAAUUCCAGGUCAAUGUAGGAAUGGUCUUAAGGUCAUACCAGCAUCCUCUUGACCCAGUUGCCCCAUUGUUCUUUUUCCCCCCUUGGAAAGUGGAAGUUUUAUGCCAAUUAGAACCUGGGCAUUACAUUACUAUAAUAUUCCAUGUAAUGUGAAGUUGUGGCCCAAGAACUACCUCUUCCAAAGAGUGCUUAUGACUUUGACUUGGGUUCAGAUAAAGCUGAAGGAGUUUUAUCCCAUCUUCCAUAGGAGAGGUAGACCUAGGCCUAGCAGAACAGGUUAAGUACGGUUUCCAUUUUGUCCCUCUUCUUCCUCUCACAACAAAUUCCUCUGACCAUGACAGGAAAAAUCAGGUCGAUUUCAGUAUCUCUAAGUACCCUGAGUUCACAGUAAUGGGGAUACACAAGUAAGGAAAACCCUGCCACUUGUAUAUAUCUACUGAUUUCCAUUUGUCAGACCUUGUCACCCCAUCGUUAGUAGCUGAAGCCCAUUAGAAGCCUUUGUUCUGAAGGAUGGUGUGUAAUAAGAAAUGUUACCCUAAAAACUACAUUUCCCAAGAACCCACUGACUUCCUAUCAUUAAGUACUUCCUGUAGACAGGGGAUAUUAGGCAGUGGGGUUGCUGGUCCUGGCUCUUUACUUCCUGUUGGCGACUGUGGUGAUAAGUGGCGAUUUUGAACAGACUGAUUAGCCAUGGGCAUGUGGUUUUUUAUUUUGUUGCCUUGUUAUUCCUUUAUUUCUAAUGAUCAUUAAUAAAUCUCUUAAAAUAUAAUAUCAUUGAUAUUAAUUUUAUAAUGAUAGCAACCACUAAAGUUGGAGAAGUAAUUCUCAAUUUUUUAAUAUAGCCUAGAUAAAUUUUUUAAGCCACAUGUGUCCUGCCAUGGCUUUUUGUGAACAUGGUCUCCCUCUGACAGAGAAUAUAGCUGAAGAAUUCAUUAAAAUGAAGAAGGGUUGACCAGAAGAUGUCUGCCUUUAAGAUGUGGUGUGGAAUUCCCUCCUUUGCCUUUUUGUGUCUUAUAUCCAAGUGUUAAGACAUGUGAAUUUUAAAAGCUACUUAGACUGUACUUUAGAAGAUUUCAUUUAGCUGUUUCCAUAUUGUAAUAAUGGAGUUCCUUGGUCUAACAGAAUCAGGAAUGUCUUGUGAACUUUAAAAAUUACUCCACCCUACUCAGACAGUACUUUAGGGGAAAAUAAAGUUGUAAUCUCCUAAUUGAACAAUGAAGGUACUUAAUUCUUACCAUAUAGUGAAGCUAGAAUGUUAAGCUAAGUCUAUUUUUAGACUUAUACAUAUAUUUAGACUAAUACACAAAGAUGUUAAGUACCUAUAAAGGUUAAAUUAAUCACAAAGAGGUCAAGUAACUAACAAAAGGUGAACUUAACAAAGAAGUGUGAAGUAGCUCAAAAGAUAUAAUCUAACCAAAGAAGGUGAGAACUAAAGAAUGGGUAGUCCUAAAGAAAAGCAUCUGCUAUGACUGGUAGACGUGAAAAUUUAGGGGAGGUGACACAAGAGAAAAGAUCUUUAAAAAGAGGUCUAUAUGAGCAGCCUGGAGUUCAGUUCAGGUGAGGAACUCAGUCUGGAGGAGCUCAUUCAGACAGCUUCCUUGAGAAGGUCUUGUGGUGACUGACUCCCUUCCCCUUGGGCUCAGGGGAGGCCACUUUGGCCAAGGCCUUUACCUCCUGCCUGGCUCAGCCUGAGCUGGAGCAGUUUAAAUUAACUCUUUCCUCUCUCUCUCUCUCUCUUCUCCUUAAUUCCUUCUCUGUAUAUUAAUUAAAAUCACCAUUAAUUUCCAGCUGACUUGGGUAUUUUAUUAUUUGGGAUUUUCCCUGGCAACCAAAUUAAAUAGAUUUUAAGUCAAAACGCCAAAAUUAUCCUUACAGCCAUCAUGGGACACAAAUGCAAGAUCUCAUUGUUGAGUUAAUUACCAGACAAAGACCACAGCUUCAAAUGAACAGUCCUGCUGCUCUGGCCAAACUCAGAGAGGCUUCUACCAAUUGGAUUCAGGAUGCUGGGAUGGAUCCCAACCAACUGAAUUCCACCCAAAAGGAUGUCCCAGGGCUACUCCAGCUCUCAGAAGCUCCCUCUCCCUUUCUAUCUCUAAUAAAAAUGUUUUUUUGCUACUACA